GACCAUCAUGAAGGCUCGUUUGAAAGGAGCCCAAACAGGUCGUAACCUCUUGAAGAAAAAAUCUGAUGCUUUGACGCUUCGAUUCAGGCAGAUCCUUAAGAAAAUUAUUGAGACUAAGAUGCUGAUGGGUGAGGUGAUGAGAGAAGCUGCGUUUUCACUUGCUGAAGCCAAGUUUACAGCAGGAGAUUUCAGUACCACUGUGAUCCAAAAUGUGAACAAAGCACAAGUCAAGAUCAGAGCUAAAAAAGACAACGUAGCAGGUGUAACCUUGCCAGUUUUUGAGCAUUACCAGGAAGGAGGGGACAGCUAUGAGCUGACUGGCUUGGCCAGAGGGGGAGAACAGCUGGCAAAGCUGAAGAGGAACUAUGCCAAAGCUGUGGAGCUGCUUGUGGAACUGGCCUCCUUACAGACAUCCUUCAUUACUUUGGAUGAAGCCAUCAAAAUAACAAACAGACGUGUGAAUGCAAUUGAACACGUGAUUAUUCCCAGGAUCGAGCGUACUCUGUCUUACAUCAUCACAGAACUGGAUGAACGAGAACGAGAGGAAUUCUACAGGUUAAAGAAGAUCCAGGAAAAGAAAAAGGUAUUGAAAGAGAAAUCUGACCAAGAGCGGGAGCUGCGCAGAGCUGCUGGGGCAGAGAGCGAACCAGCCAACCUCCUAGCAGAGGAGAAGGAUGAAGACCUUCUCUUUGAGUAACCUGCACAGUCGUUGUGUAUAGAGCAGAGCAGCCAGAAUACAGAAUGUCCAAUUGCAAUGUAAUUCAAGACAUGUUGCCUCCAAGAUACUUCUGUGGCUUCUCAUUUGGUGUCUGUGUCUUGAGUUGAAGGGAUUGUGGAUUUCUCCUGGGAAAUUAGAAAUCUGGGAACUUGACUACAGCAUAGGAGGAAAAGGAGAAAUGAAUCUUAAAGCAGGAAAGCCUUCUAUUGCACAUGCAGCCUGUUUCUUCACUUA